AUAAAGGAAUAUGUUCGAUUUUGGCGGCAUGGCCAAGUUAUAAGACGGGGGAUUGCAAUUCUUUUUUCCCAGUUCACCUCCGUGUGCCGCGUAACCAAUAAAAAAUAGAAUACGUUCUUAAGUUUUACAAUAUCAAUCAAGUCAACAUUAUAAAAACCUGAAGAAAUUCAGGUGGAUCCACUCACACUGGCUGAACCUUAUUUUACUACUUCUCACGAGGACAUGAGCUCCCAAAGCGGCCACAGUCGCCAUCGCGACCUCGUUCCUUGGUCCACCGGGCUCUUCGACUGCUUCUCCGAUCCAAAAAACUGUUGCGUAACACUUUGGUGUCCAUGCAUCACUUUUGGCCAAAUUGCAGAGACCGUCGAUAAGGGUUCUAUACCUUGUUGCGCAAGUGGAGCGCUGUACAUACUGAUUGCUUGUGUGACGGCUUUUCCGUGUAUCUAUUCAUGCUUCUACCGCUCCAAAAUGAGACAGCAAUACACCCUGGAUGGGAGCCCUUGUGGUGACUGCUUGGUUCAUUGCUUCUGUGAGGGCUGCGCCUUGUGCCAAGAGUACCGCGAGCUCAAGUUUCGCGGUUUCAACAUGAAACCUGGAUGGCAUGGAAACAUCAAGGAAAGGAACCGUGAAGUUGGAAUGAGUCCGGUGGUGGAGGAAGGCAUGAGUCGACACUAUAACUCAUAGUAGAGUUUUGGUUCAUGUUAAUAUAAAUAGUAGAGUUUUCGAGCAUCGCAGUAUAUUUUUGGAACAUAGUAGAGUUUUCGACACUAUAACUCAUAUACUGUAUUUACUAUAACUCAUGUACAAUGUAUGAAAUAUUGAAUAACUGUUGUAAUAUGAGCAUCAUGUAUAAUGAUACAAAUAAAUAAUAUGGUUUUAUCACAAA